ACAGCGUAUAACAAUUCAUGUCGCUCGAUAUGACUGAUUGAAGGACGCCGUUUCUAGUCGAACAAUAUAGUUGAUAUCGACCCGGAGCAAACAUGUACGUAUUAUCGAGCAUGUACAGGUUUCUAAAUGAACUUUUUGGCCUCACGAUAUCAGAGCGUUGCGUUAUGGCUCCAUGGUUAAGUUCUACCUACGACGAUUGAAUAAAGGAACGUAGAUAUUACAGUGAUUUGAAAAAAAAUUAGUUAACAAUAUAAUUCUCCAAUCAGAUUCGCUAAUUUACCGCGUUCGAUUCAUGUCGUCAGAUGUGACCGAUUCAAGGACGCCGUUCAAAGUCGAACACUUAUUUCACCUUCAUUGACCUGAAACAAGUAUGCAUAGAUCGGCUCUAUGUUCACCUGGUCGCGAUAGAAAAGGCAGGCAUACUUUUAUCGGUGGUUCAGAUGGUAACCAAUCAAAUGUGCGUUCACAAGAUCGUUCUCCGCGACAUAGCUCUACAAUUUCGCUUGAUUAUCGUCUACUCCGACUACAGUGCGGUGAGCAAAUAAAUAAAUAAAUAAAUAAAUGAAUAAAUAAAUAUAUAAAUAAAUGAUGGCCAAACUUGAUAACGGAAUUGUAAGUCUGGUGUGUAUCACAUUCGUUGCAACGUUCAUCUUCCGCCCAACAACCGGAUUAUUCAUUGAUAAUUCGAAUGACAUAAACAGCAGUUUGCAGAGUGAAAAUGGAAGGAGAGUUCGCCUCUUUCUCUACACUGGGUCUAGCAUAUCAGAUUCGGAAUCGACUUCUUUCUCGGGUAACAUGAUCGGAAAUUUCGUGAAGCAAAUUGUCGAAGCGAAGCCAUUCGUAACUCUGUAUAUCCAUGGCUUCCAAGAAAGUCCAUUCAAUGAAAGCGUGCGCACGGUAGCAAAUGCGUAUCUCAAGCGCGGUGACCAUACUUUUCUUCUUGUGGAUUGGAGCGAUUACGCGUCCGAUAAUUACCUUUUGACAUUAUCGUCGGUUAAAAGAAUAGCAAAAGCUUUAGCUGCACUCCUCGAUAGACUCGUAGCAAACGGUUUUGAUUCCGAGACUCUGCACAUAGUGGGUCAUUCGAUGGGAGCACAAAUGGCAGGAUUUAUCGGGAGGUUCACAACAUUCGAAGUACCUAGAAUAUCCGGCUUGGAUCCAGCGUCUCCAGGAUAUUAUCAAUUCAACGCCGAACACCUGAAUCCAACCAACGCACGAUUCGUCGACGUAAUUCACACCGACGGUGGAUUUUACGGAGCUUAUCCUGCGACUGGAACCGCUGACUGUUUUCCGAACGGUGGAACGCGCCCUCAGCCAGGAUGUUCGUUGAUCGGAUUUCCUCUGACUCCUAAAGAUUUAUGCUCACAUUGGAGAUCCUGGCGAUUCUGGGCCGAAUCGGUUCUGAACGAGAAGGCCUUUCUCGCUGUGAAAUACAGCAGCUAUGCCUCAUUCUUAAAUAAACCACGUGGUGAUAGAGAGACGACUUAUUGUGGCUACGCGAUGCCGAACACAAGGAGCUUGGAUCAGGGCAUUAGAAUUUCACAAAACAAUCCGGAAGAAUUGAUAAAAACCAAUGAUCUCUCAAAACCUACCAUGGUUUUUAUUCACGGAUGGCACGAAAGCUGUUAUAAUAACAGUGCUAUACACAUAACUUCAGCUUUCAUAUCGCGCGGUUACUAUAACGUGUAUUGUUUGGACUGGAGCUCUAUGGCGGGUGAAAAUCUGGUUGCGGCAGUUCAAAGCAUGUCGAUAGUAUCGAAAAUUGUAUCGUCAGAUUUCAAUAGGAUGAGUGAAUUGGGUUUAUUUUUGGAAAAAACGUGGAUUAUUGGAUUUUCGUUGGGCGCACACAUCGCUGGUCAGAUAGGAGCAAAUAUUAUUGCGUACGGGAUUAGUAUACUCGGACGGAUCACCGGUUUAGACGCAGCUUUGCCCUUCGUCUACAUUCCAUCAUGUCACUGCCAUACCCUAGAAGCGAACGACGCUAUUUUCGUCGACGUAAUUCACACGGACGCAGGAAUUUAUGGGGUCGAUCAGGCAGUUGGACAUGUCGACGUAUACGUGAACAAAGGAACGAGGCUGCAACCGGGUUGUCCUUUGCUUCCCUCUUCGUCGGAUCUUUCUCAACUAUUGCCGACCUAUCGAUGUAGCCAUGACAUGUCGUGGAUUCAAUAUGCCGACGCGUGUACAACAAACGGGUCGUUAUAUAUCGCCAGAAAAUGCGAUAGUUACGCAUCGUAUCGUGCCGGUCUUUGUGAGAACAACCCUUUGAUAAAACUCUGCGGCAACUUACCCGACAGAGAUGCCAUUGGGACUUACUACAUCACGACAAACGCUGAAGCUCCUCAUGGACGUGGUAUAGCAGGUGCGAGUCCUUGAAUAACGUACAAAUAAAAAGAGACAAAGGG